UUUUUUGUUAGUCGUUGAUUGAAAGGUGGUGCGCAAGACGAGAGCACCCACAAAAAUGCUCAACAACUAACUGAGUUGUUUGGAAAUACAAAUAGAAAGGAAACGCCCUCAACUUCUAUGGCACUACAAUGUGUGAUCCAGCCUAAAAUGUGGUUAGGCCUCAAGCAGAUAUUACUCUACGUGGGGCUCCUGCUCUGCGUUGUUCUUCAGGUCUGUCGCAGCAAGACCCAACUGCAGCUCAACUGUCCCAGCGUCUGUCACUGUGAUCUAUAUGCACAACGUAAUCGCGCCAUAUGCAGCGCCAAACGCUUGAUAAGCGCCAGCAUUGAAAUGCCUAAAAGUGUGGAGCUCUUGGAUUUGAGCUACAAUGAUAUCACCAACAUUGACGCCGAUUGUUUUGAGACCACCGUGCACUUGAUCAAUCUCACGCUGGCUCACAAUGCCAUUCACACGCUUCAUGUGGAUGCCUUUGCCAAGCUGCGUCGCCUGCGUUCUCUCGAUCUCUCCUACAACUGGCUGGAGCAGGUGGAUGAGCAUUUGCUGGAGACAAACUCGCAGCUGAUGCACCUCAAUCUGGAGGGCAAUAAACUUGCCACCAUAGGCAGUGGUCCACUUCUGAGAAGUGUUUCGCUGCGCUCGCUCAAUCUACGCAAUGCACAGAUCAAUCAGCUGAGUGCAGAGACGCUGAGUGCUUUGCCAGAGUUGCGUCAGCUGGAUGUGGCGCAGAAUAUGCUGAUAACACUCAGCAUCAAUGUGUUCCAUGCACCUCGCUAUCUGGCCUCGCUCAACAUCGAGGAGAAUCCACUCAACUGCGAUCGUGCGUUGGGAAAGGUCGCCACCUGGUUGAGUGUGCGAGGUGUGAGCCUCAGCAUGAGCGAUUGCUUCGAGGAGAAGCCGCAAACACAUCCGCUUGAUGUGCAGCUUGACACGACCUCUGAUGAACCACUCAAAUUUGAGCGAUUGGAGGAAGAGCAUUCGGAUGACGAGCCCAAACCUGUGGCGGAAGUGUGGCGCGAGUUGCCCGACGAAUCGGACGAGCAAAAAGCGGAGGAGGAGGAGGAGGCGGCAGAGCAGCGACAGCAAAACGAGGAAGAGCUGUCGACACUUAUCGAUGUGUGCGAGGGCAAUCGGGAGUUGCUUUGCCUGCGCUAUCGCAACUGCCUGGAGCGCGUCAGUCACGAGCUGCUCUCUGGAGGAGCAGCUCAGCCAGGUGCUGACCAGGUGCCAGGCACGCACUCCUUUGACGAGGACGAUGUGAAGCUGGCCUUUGCAGUGGGCGCUGCCACCGGCAUCUGUAUGGUCAUUUUCAUCAUCAGUUUCGCUUUGUGCGUGAAAAGCGGCUGCGAGCUGCGAAAGAAGCGACAGCAAACGACGGCAGACGGCGGUGAAACAUCCACACUAAACUCCUCGCAGCAGCAGCUGCCCACAAUUCACACCUGGGCACCACCUCCUCGCUCCCGCCAUCCGCGUCGCUCCAAUCCACAACGCAGUCGGAAUGCCCCAUCAAGAGCCUUGGUCAGACAACCCUAUGGACCCGAGGAUAACUUUGUGUCGCGACUCUUUGGCCGACCAGCAAGACAUCAAUACUAUCGUACCAUCAAUCAGAACACGGCGACACUAAUCAGGCGACUGAGUCGCAGCAAUCUUUUCAGCAGUCGCGAUCGAGAGUCGAGCAGUCCCGACUCUCCGCCGGUGUCAACGUCUCGCUUCUACACGGACGUUGUGGAGGCGGCAGCGGCACGCCCCGAGACACCGCCGCCCAAUUAUGGGGAUGUGGUGGUCAUCGAGAAUUGUGAUAACAAAUAGCCAACAAGCAGUAACCAAUAAUCAAAAGUGUAGAGUGUAGCUAAUAAAUGUUUAAAGACGA